ACGUAUGACUUAUGUGUAUGUGUAUCUCUAACCUGACACUCAUUUUGUUUACAGUGUGCGCUAUUUAUAAGACAACGUCAUUACAGACAUUUCUCUCAGUGUGUGUAUCGUCCUGCCGGCUUCUACGGAAGUCCGACAUGGACAUCUCAGCGGGCGUGCCAUCCCGUGUCCAAGCAAUGGCAUCCACAACCUCUGGAGGAGAGCCAGGUAGCUGGAAGGAGUUAGAGCAGCAGCGUCUGCAGCUGCAGAAGAGGGGGGAGGAUAAUGACAGGAGAAUGCUGGAGCUGCAGAACGCUCUCAGUGCCCUAAAUAGGAGAACUCUGAACCAGCAGGAGGAGAGGAGGACCAGAGAACCCGCACAGCAGGAGGAGAGGAGGACCAGAGGAGCUCCUACAAACCGAGUUACACAGGUAGAGAGGAAGGAGGCGGGAGAAACAACCUCCAGGGCCCAGCAGAAGGAGAGCGGUGCAGGAGUACAGAUCAACGCGACUCCAAAGGAGGAGGGGAAAGCAGGAGAGAGCGCAUCGCCACAGGAUGAUGUAGUAACUGUGUAUAGGCUCUGCCAAAAUUGCAUAAGGAGACUGCUCCAGGAAGAAAGGGGACAAUUCCAGAAGCUCUUGCAGAAACAGCAAACAAUGUUCAAGGAGCUGCUGAGGGAGGAGAGGGAAACUCUGCUUAAACUGUUUGAUGAGGAAAGGACACAGCUUAUGAAGGAGAUGAAAAAAGCAUGGGAAAAAGGACAACACCAAGGAGUGAAGAUAGUGUUUAGGAGGUCAGAAAAAAGCAGUGUGAACAACACAGACAGUGAGACAGUUUUGAGUAAGGACUGGUUUGAUGAGGAGGAAAAGAAAAUAAUCGUAGAGGCAGAGAGGAAGCUCAAGGCGCUGAAGGAGAGAAGGUACAGAAAGCAGGAGGAGGGUAAAAUAAUCGAGGAAGAAGGCAAGAUGAUGAGGCAAGAUAUCAUUGAAGGAGAAAAUGAGGAGGACGUGGCAGGUGGUCGGACAGAGAGAGAGAAACCAAAGCCCCUCGUCAAAGACCUGGAGGACAUAAAGCAACAGGAAGAGAUCAGAACAGAAGAGCUCCAAGAAGCAGUGAUGGAGUUUGUGAAGAGGAAGACUGAGCAACUCGACAAGGACAAAGAAAGUGAAUCUGAUUCAAACGAGGAGUAUGUUGCCAAGGAAGAAAAGCAAAUCAUCUUAGAAGCAGAGAGCAAACUUAAGGCAGAGAAGGAGAGGAAAGAAUUGGAGGAGAGGGAAAUAAGUGAGGAUAAAGUCAAGGAGAUGACGCUUGAUAUGGCCGAAGUACUGAAGAGCGACACAGACUCUGACUCGGAGGAGUCCUUGUUCAGUGAAGAGGACACAAAUGUAAUUCUGCAGACACCUGACGAGAUGGAUAAAAUAAAGAAAGAAGACGUAGGAUUCACGAAGAUCACUGAGGAAGAGAAUGAAGAGGUGGCCAGUGAAUGCAAGCACGAAGAGCAACCCCAAGUCCCUAUCAAAGACCUGGAGAAGAGAAAACAUCAGGAAGAGAUCAGAGAAGAAGAGCUCAAAAAAGUGGCAAUGGAGUUUGUGAGGAGGAAGACACAGGACACAGAAAGUGAAAGUGAUUCGGACGAGGACUAUUUUGAUGAGGAGGAAAAGUUAAUGAUCUUAGAGGCUGAGCGCAAACUUAAGGCAGAGGAGGAGAGGAAAGAACUAGAGGAGAGGGAAAUAAGUGAGGAAAAAGCCGAGAGGACGCUUGAUAUGGCCGAUGAACUGAAGAGUGACACAGACACUGACUCGGAGGAAUCAUUGUUUGGUGAUGAGGAAACAGAUAUGAUUUUGCAGUCGCUUGGCGGGCUUGGCGAGAUGGAUAGGACAAAGUAUGAAGAUGUAGAGUUCAGGAAGAUCACUGAGGAAGAGAAUAAGGAAGUGGCCAGUGAAUGCAAGGAUAAAGAGAAGCCAAAGGCCCUCAUCCAAGACCUGGAGGACAAACAGCAACAGGAAGAGGUCAGAAAAGAAGAGCUCCGGAAAGCGGCGAUGGAGUUUGUAAAGAGGAAGACUGAGCCAGCUGACGAGGACACAGAAAGUGAAAGUGAUUCGGACGAGGACUAUUUUGAUGAGGAGGAAAAGUUAAUGAUCUUAGAUGCAGAGCGCAAACUUAAGGCAGAGGAGGAGAGGAAAGAGCUGGAGGAGAGGGAAAUAAGUGAGGAAAAAGUCAAGGAGAGGACGCUUGACAUGGCCGAAGUACUGAAGAGCGAUACAGACUCGGAUUUCGAGGAGUCCUUGUUCGGUGAUGAGGAGACAGAUAUGAUUUUGCAGUCACUUGACGAGAUGGAUAAGACAAAGAAGGAAGAUGUAUUGAGGAAGAUCACUGAGGAAGAGAAUGAGGAGGUGGUCAGUGAAUGCAAGGACGAAGAGCAACCCCAGAUCCCUAUCAAAUACCUGGAGGAGAGAAAGCCCUGCAAGGAAACAGUUAAGUUCACUGACAUCAAGAGAAUAGAAAGAGAGGAGAAGGAAAGAGACAACAGCAACAACAGCAACAACAACAACAAAGAAGAGAGCAAGACAGUUGAGAAUCCAAAAGAUCAGAUCCAGAAAGCGGUCAUGGAGUUCACUGAAGAACUGAAUAGAGAUACAAGCUCGGACUCUGAGGAGUCCUUGUUUGGUGAUGAGGACACAGAUAUUCUGCAGACAUUUGACAAGAUGGAUAAGACAAAGAAUGAAGAUGUAGAGUUCAGGAAGAUCACUGAGGAAGAGAAUGAGGAGGUGGCCAGUGAAUGCAAGGAUAAAGAAAAGCCAAAGGCCCUCAUCCAAGACCUGGAGGACAAACAGCAACAGGAAGAGGUCAGAAAAGAAGAGCUCCGAAAAGCGGCAAUGGAGUUUGUGAGGAGGAAGACACAGGACACAGAGGACACAGAAAGUGAAAGUGAUUCGGACGAGGACUAUUUUGAUGAGGAGGAAAAGUUAAUGAUCUUAGAGGCAGAGCACAAACUUAAGGGAGAGGAGGAGAGGAAAAAACUGGAGGAGAGGGAAAUAAGUGAGGAAAAAGCCGAGAGGACGCUUGAUAUGGCCGAUGAACUGAAGAGUGACACAGACACUGACUCGGAGGAAUUCUUGUUUGGUGAUGAGGAGACAGAUAUGAUUUUGCAGUCGCUUGGCGGGCUUGGCGAGAUGGAUAAGACAAAGUAUGAAGAUGUAGAGUUCAGGAAGAUCACUGAGGAAGAGAAUAAGGAAGUGGCCAGUGAAUGCAAGGAUACAGAGAAGCCAAAGGCCCUUAUCCCAGACCUGGAGGACAAACAGCAACAGGAAGAGAUCAGAAAAGAAGAGCUCAGAAAAGCGGCGAUGGAGUUUGUAAAGAGGAAGACUGAGCCAGCUGACGAGGACACAGAAAUUGAAAAUGAUUCGGACGAGGACUAUUUUGAUGAGGAGGAAAAGCAAAUGAUCUUAGAGGCAGAGAGCAAACUUAAGGUAGAGAAGGAAAGAAAAGAACAUGAGGAGAGGAAAAUAGAUGAGGAAAAAGCCAAAGAGAGGACACUUGACACGGCCGAAGAACUGAGGAGUAAGACAGACUCGGAGGAGUCCUUGUUCGGUGAUGAGGAGACAGAUUUGAUUUUGCAGUCACUUAAGACAAAGAAGGAAGAUGAAGGAUUGAGAAAGAUCACAGAGGAAGAGAUCAGAAAAGAAGAGGUCCGGAAAGCAGCAUUGGAGUUUGUGAAGAGGAAGACUGAGCCAGCUGACGAGGACACAGACAGUGAAAGUGAUUCGGACGAGGACUAUUUUGAUGAGGAGGAAAAGCUAAUGGUCUUUGAGGCAGAGAGCAAACUUAAGGCAGAGAAGGAGAGCAGACAACUGAGAGAACCGGAGGAGAAGAAAAUAUGCAUGGAAAAAGCUAAGGGGAAAACUCUUGAUAUGGCCAAAGAACUGAGGGAGCAGAAAGUGUUCAUGGCGAUGGAAGGUGAAAAGACAGUGGCAAACAGAGCUAUGUGUAAAGAGCAGGAGUGCCCGGAGAGUGACACAGGCUCGGACUUGUUCAGUGAUGAGGACACAGAUAUGAUUUUGAGGUCACUUGAUGAUAUGGACAAGAGAAAGAAGGACGAUUCAGGAUUCAGGAAGAGGGGCGUGGAGCAGACAGUGUAG